AUGUCCCCCCCGGGUCAGAGGCGUGUUUUGGGGACCCACUGGGGGGCGGGGGAGCCUCAGUGCAGCCGAACCCCCAAAUCCAGCCCAGCUGGGAGGAAACCGGUUGUGCUCAUCCUGUGGCCUCUGCCGGCUGCAAAUGCGGCCAAACCAGUUUGGAUGAGCCACCAGUGCCGUCACCGGAGCCCUUCGCUGGUGGGGAACCACAGGGCGAGAGAGGCUUCCUGGAGAGGUGAGUGGCCCCAGUGCUGGGAGUCUCUGAGGUCUCGUAGAGGGUUGAGCGGUGCUGCGAUGGGGGUCCCCAGGGAGUGUCUGAGCCCCCUCCCUGCAGCCGGUCGCACCUGUUUGCACCCGCUUUUGGUUUGGAAAUGGGGCGGGAAAGGUGGGAAAUGGGGGUGGUUUGGUGUGGAGCUGAUGGGGGACGUGAGAUCCCUGAAGGUGGGCUGGUCCCCAAGCUGGGGCUGGUGUCCCUCUCUGCAGGUGACAAGGAUGGCCACGGUGAUGGCCACCGGUGACGGGCUGGACCUGCAUGAGGAGUGGCAGGACGAGGACUUCCCCAGGCCCCUGCCAGAGGGGUGCCCAGGGGCUGGGGGUGCCCCGCGGCGCAUGCGGCGGCGGCUGCCAGUGCUGGAGCGGACCGAGAGCACCGAGCGCUCGCCCGACACCAGCAUCGACCUCAACCUGGACACGCUGGAGACGCCCUCGGGCAGCGACGGCUUCGAGUGGGAGGAGGAGCUGCCGCACGCCUGGGGCUUCACCGAAGGCGCUGGCGGCCGGCGGGUGCCUGACACAGAGGACGAGUGGCUGGAGGAGAGCGUGGAUCUGAGCGCGGUGGAGCCCUACAGCCGGGUCCUCUCCCACGGGGGUAAGGGGGGGACGGGCCCCCCAGGGUGGGACUCUGGGUGCCCUCCCGGGGCCUGCUGGGUCUGGGUGGGUGAUGGGUGCUGGCUGCGCCACCCUCCGCUCUGGGCAGGGUACCACGGUGAGGGCUUCGGCUCCGUCCUGCUCUUCGCCGCCUGCCACCUCCCGGACAGCAGCAUCCCCCGGUACGGCUACGUGAUGGAGAACCUGCUCAGGUACAUCACGGGCACCCUGGAGAGGACGGUGGCCGACCGCUACGUCCUGGUGUGCCUGAGCGGGGCGGCAGCACGGGGGCAGAUCCCCUCCUUCGGCUGGAUGAAACGGUGCUACCGGGCUAUGGAUCGGCGGCUCCGGAAGAGCCUCCAGGCUGUGAUCAUCGUCCACCCCACCUGGUACAUCAAGGCGCUUGUGACGCUUUCCCGGCCCUUUCUCAGCCCCACCUUCAGCGGCAAGGUCCGGUUCGCCGCCAGCCUGCGGGAGCUCUCCCGGCUGGUCCCAGUGGAGCCGGCGCACGUCCCCGAGCCUGUCCGGCGGCUGGAGCCAAGCUGGGAGAGCAGCCGGGACAUGACACGGUGACACACAGGGACAGGCGGUGGCAUCGGGGGCUCCGGGCGUGCCCAAAGCCGUCCCCAAGCACCCAUGGAGGGAAUAAAGGACUUGGAUGGGAACACUGUGCCCAGCGUGUGCGGGGGGUUUGGCAUCUCCUGGCAAAUUUGGCAGCCCUGGUAGCAGAGGAAGGCGAGGAGCCUCAUGGACACGCUCCUCAGGCCAGCACAAGGGGUUGGUUUGUUUUUCCCAAGGGUGGGGUUUUUGUCCCAGGGGAAGGAAACUGGAGUCAAGCAUUGCCACUCGCUUACCAACACCAACCACGCCACGGGGCUGGAAAAGCCUGGCUCCGCACAGGAGCAUCCCGGCGUGGCGUGGAGCACGGCAAAGGGGCAAGCCUCUGCCGCUCGGCCAUGAUGCCCGGCACGUGCUCUUUAAUAUUUAAUCCCAGUGCUUUUUAAAGUAUAUACACCCGCGCCCGAAUUCGGGAGCCCGAGUCCCUCCUCGGUUUGGGCCCCGUCCUGCCUCGGCCGGUGAAACUCUGGUGGCGAUCCUGGGCGGAGGUGACCCCACCACAAUCCUGCCUCCGAGGCGGCGGAGGCAGCCUAGUUGAUUUUUUUUUUUGAUCUAAAAAAAAAAAAAAUUAUAUA